AUGAAGUCCUUCGCCAUCCUCGCUGCUGUCUGCAGUUCCGCCGCUGCCUUUGCUCCUCAGUCCGCCCCUGCUGGAGCCUCCACACAGCUCAAUGCUGAGAUGUCCGAGUCUGUUCCUUUCCUUACCUACCCCAAGGGAUUGAAGGGAUACGUCGGUGAUGUCGGACUUGAUCCACUUAACUUCUCGGAAUACUUCGACAUGAAGUGGCUUCGUGAGUCCGAGCUCAAGCACUCCCGUGCUGCUAUGCUCGCCACUGUUGGAUUCGUUGUCCAAGAGUUCAUCACCAUCCCAGGAUACAUCCACGUUGAUGACUCCAACCUUGGACCUACCUCUGUUGGAGUUUCUGCCAUGCUACAAAUUGUUUUUGGAAUGGGAUUCCUUGAGUGGAAGACCAACAACGGAAAUAUCACCAUGGAGAACAUGUUCGAGGACCCAGAACGUGUCCCAGGAAACCUUGGCUUCGAUCCUUUGGGAUACGGAAAGAAAAUGAGUGCAGAGGAAAUGGAAGUCAUGCAAUUGAAGGAACUUAACAAUGGACGCUUGGCUAUGUUGGCUAUCGGAGGAAUGAUCCACCAUAACUGGGUUACUGGAGAUCCUCUAUUCUAA